GCUGCGCUGCGGGCGUGCUUUGUGCGCGCGCAUCCGGACGCGCGCGCGUGGUUGCCCGGGGACGAAGACGGGGCGCAUACGGCGUACUGGGCGCGGUUCGACCCACACUCCGUAUACUUCGUCGGCGGAUUCGGCGAUGAGCACUUCAUCGGCCACGUCCCGCUCGAGAUAUACCGCGCCGCGGAGCCC